CAAUUGUUUAUUAACUAUCGGCAGGAUGGAUUCUAAAGAGAAACGUUUGUUAUUAAAAUCUAGAAUAGUGGCGUUAAACGAACGCGGCUGGAGCAAUAGGCACAUAGCACGUGAGCUAAAUUGCUCAUUAACGACAGUAAAGACAUAUGUGGCACGCUUCCGUGACAUGGGGGAAGAAGGCCUCAUUGACUGGCGUAAAUACAACUUCGGAAAGCGGAAAACAUCUCCAGAAGAAGAUAAUGCCAUCGUCGGAUUAAUGAAAAAGGUACCAUCAGCAUCUGCGUCAAGCGUUCCCGCAAUCUUAGAUUUACGAGUAAAUGCAGAAACAGUGCGUAAUCGAUUGCGAGAAGCUGGUUUCCACCGUCGUCGGCUAUGGCGGAAGCGGAAGACGUGGAAUGUUAAUUCAAAGGAAGAACAUAAAAUUUUGAAUAAUGAUUUGGUAGAACAUGAGAAAACUAUGAAAACAGGAAAUUCACCUGCAGGUAAAGCAAUCGAGAAUAUUGUUUAAGAUUCUGGAGAUAUUCAGGAUCAAGACCAUUCAGAGAGAGUAGUAGAAGUAGAAGAGUUGCCAGAGAAAAACUGAGGAAGAAAACUUUGUUCUGUUGUAUAAAUUGUGGUAUAAAUAUAAUUAUUACUCAUUUACUCAUCCAUCAAACAAUAUAAAUCUAAGAAAUAAGUUACAUAAUAACAAUAAAUGCUUUAUUUACUAUUUGACGAAUCACAGUACAUGUAAUAUAUAUAUGUAUAAUAAAUGUAUAUAUGGAUUUGUUA